GUACAACCUCACUGUGCAGUUUCAAGGGCGUCUUCGCAAGGACUAUGGCCUGGUCCUGAAGCGAGUGGGUGAUCAGGUCAUUUUGUUCAUGUUUCCCCGAAAACUAGACGCGUUCGUGACCUUUCCGUGCUUCAAAGAUCCCGGAUGGAAGACGACUUUCGACGUGCGCCUGCUGGUCGACGAAAACUUGCAUGCGUCUUCCACGGCGAGUAUCGAGUAUACUACGAAGGAGUCCAACGGCAGCACUGUUUAUGUCUUCCACAGAUUCUCUCCCUACCGGCCUUUGGUGCUGAAGACCAUCGAGAAAGUGGUGAGCCUCCUCGAGGACCAGAUUGAAACAUGGAGGAGCAGUCUGCAGGUGAUCGACCUGGUGGUGGCACCCGACAUGCUGGAGAUGGACGUUUCCGGUGCCGGCUUCGUCGGCCUCCGGCAGAGUUUGUUUGAAGCCUUCGACAUCUGGGAGCGAGAGAGCUGGGUCGUCACGGUUGUCCAGCGCAUACUUCGAUGUUUUUUCCUAUCGUAUGCCACGCCCCGCAUGCUGAAGGACGCGUGGAUUGCCGAGUCCCUGGCGUACAUGUUCAGACGCCACGUACUUCAACAGAUGGGCUUCGGUCACACCGAGGACCGCAUGCGGCUGCUGAGCUAUCGCGAUGCAAUGGACUGUGACGACAACGGCACGGACAGUGGAGCUCUGCGAACCACGCUGAUCUUCUCGAUGCUGGCCGACUUGUGCCCCAUGACGAUACGCUCGGGAAUCAGGCGCUACAUGAAGGAGAACAAAUACGGAGUGGCCGACGACGUGGCGCUUUGGCGCACACUGGAUCUUUCGGGGUUGCUCUCCCACAACAUGGACUCGUGGUUCGAUCACGGAGGUUAUCCCGUGGUUAGUGUGCUCCGUGUGAACAACCACCGUGGACCCGGGCUUGUCUUGAAGCAGGGUUGGCCAUGCUUCGAGGACACGAAGUGCAACUACACGCUCGUGUGGCCGGUGCCGUUCGUACUGAACGUGCAGGGAGGAAUCCGCGUUCCCGAGGAGGGCGCCUUCUGGUUCAGGGGCACCAUCCAGCGAUACAAAUUGGCGCGAGAUAUCGGCUCCUCGUGGUUCCUUGUAAACGUGGCCACGGUGUCGUACUUCCGCGUCCAGUAUGACGCAGACAACGUGGCCCUCCUGACACAUCAGCUGCUACAGAACCACACGGUCCUGAACGUGAACAGCAGGGCGAAAUUCCUGGAUGACAUGGUGGCGCUGACAGUGCGGCGUAUGGUGUCAAUCUAUGCCCUGGUGGGACUGCUAACGUAUCUGCAGAAAGAGGAGAGCUGUGCUGUGUGGCAGCUGUACACCAGGUCAGCCCGCAAGGCCCUGGAGGAGUUCUCGGGCCGAACGGAGUACAGGCAUUUCUACCAGAGGAACCAGGAGCUAUGCGUGCUCGUGAAACUGGAACCGACGAGCAGGCCGUGUCUUCUGGCGAUGCGCUGGAAAAUUUGCUGCUUCUUCGGCAUGUGCACGUUGCCUGCACCUAUUGCGCUAACUCAGCGCUAG